AGGCACCUUUUGCCAAACCCAGCUUCCUUAUAUUCGUAGCCAGAAUUGGAAUGUGAGGAGAGAGAGAGAGAGAGAGAGCGAGAUCAAACAGAGGAAAGCAGAAAUGGAAGAACAAGCUGAAAUGGUGGGAAGGGCAUUUGUGGAUCAUUAUUACCAUCUUUUUGACACCGAAAGAGCUUCCCUCUCUUCUCUCUACCAACCAACCUCUAUGUUGAGCUUUGAGGGACAGAAGAUAUUUGGGGUGGAUGAUAUAACUUCAAAGCUUAACCAGUUGCCGUUUGAUCAAUGCAAACAUUUGAUCAGCACCGUUGAUUCACAGCCAUCAUCCCCAACUGGUGGCAUUGUGGUCUUUGUCAGUGGCAGCCUCCAAUUACCAGGGGAAGAACACCACCUAAGAUUCAGCCAGAUGUUCCACUUGAUUCCCACGCCACAAGGAAGCUUCUUUUUGCAGAAUGACAUAUUUCGUCUCAAUUAUGGUUAAUUUCUAAAUUAUUACUCAAGCUCUGGGCGGGCUUCCCAAAUAUUUGCUUAAAUAUUGUUGUACUUGUGACUCUUUGACUCUUGACGGAAUAAUAAAUAUGCUUCUCUCUUGUUAA